CCCUCAUUCCAACUGGCAGUGCAAUAUAACUUCCAAAUAUAAAAACUACUUCAAAGUUCAAACUUCAAACCCGUGUAUAUAUAUACGCUCUCAAAUAAUCCUUUCCACACUCCUCAAUUCUCCUUCAAAUUUCACAUAUUUUCAGUCUUCUCUCCAAAUUCCACAAAAAGCUCUCAGUUUUUGGUGAAUUCCUAUAAUGGGGAACUACGUUUCUUGUACUCUGUCUGGGCCAGCAAUGAAGCAAUCUCGUGGAAUAAAGAUUAUCUUCCCCCGCGGUGAAAUCCGUCACUUUUACCAGCCGAUGAAGGCGGCGGAACCCAUGUUGGAAAUGCCCGGAUUCUUUCUCGUCAACACCAAGUCUCUGCAAAUUGGUCGGAGGUUCUCUGCUCUGAAUGCUGACGAAGACUUGGAAAUUGCUAAUGUUUACGUCAUGUUUCCGAUGAAGAGGGUGAAUUCCGUUGUCACGGCGGCUGAUUUGGGCGCUUUAUUCGUGACGGCGAAUAAGGUCGCCAACAAACGGAUGUCGAUUACUAAGAAACGGGUGAGAAUCUUGCCGGAUUUUGAUGCGGCGGCGGAGAGGCAGGAAACAGCGGAGGAGGAGCCGGUUAAGGCGGAAGCAGCGGCGGUUCCGAAACUGAAUUUGGAUGAUAUUGAAGAGUUCUCGACGCCGGAGUUUCAGCACAGGCUGUCAGCCAGCCGGUCAAAGAAACCAGUGUUGGAAACCAUAGUUGAAGAACCGGUCUUCUCAAGAUGAUCCAGAAUUUGACCCAAAAAAUUUUAAUCGAUUUCUCUUCCAAUUUUUUUUUAGAGAGAUUAGUAGAAUUUCAUAAUCUAGUCUAGAUAUCAUUAUUAUUUUUUAAAAAAGUUUCCAUUAUGUGGUUGUAAUAGAAAGAGAUAAGGAUAGAUCAAUCACAUAUAUUUUUUGCGAUCAAAUUGAUUUUUUGAUACUCUGAAGCAACAAAUAAAUUCCAUGUAUAUUUCUAAUGUGAUUUUUUUUUUUUUUUACCUUAUCUGAAAUUUUGAUUUUUGAAUGUUUAAAACAAAAAGAUCAUGGUAAAUAAGGAUGGUGGAUAACUGUAUAUCAUCGUAAUUUAAUGAUACAAUCAAUUCAUUCAAAUUAUUGCUAAUUUCCAUUGAUGUGAUCUUCAUUAUAUUUUCUUCCAAAUUUUCAUUUCACAACGCAUAAGUUUUUCUUUUAGUGACAUUUGGUCGGAGUUUUGUCAAAGAGUUUAUGUUAUGGAGUUUAUAAAUUUCAAAAGGCAUAGAUUUUUACAAAUCAAACGUACUGUUUUUUAAUAGCACUAUUUAUAAUUUGCGA